AACCACAACCUCAUCUGCUGAAGCUGAGAUGGAGACCUGACCCUGACAGGAGGGCCAAUGCAACGUCUCCGGUUAAAGAAGAGAAACACGUCAGAGCUGCAGCUAAAGCAGAUCAGACGAAAGCAACAUUACUGGCAGAAAAGAAAAGCAAAGCUGUAAAAGCUGCAAAGAAACCUGUUAAAGUCGCUGAAGAUGAAGAGAAACGAGCACCACCAGCAGCUGGAGAAACUGAGGCUGGAGACGACGUCACAGAAAAGAAGAAACAAAGUCAGAAGUUCUUCCAGUGCAUCUACUUCCCAGGCAAACAUGCACAGUACCCGCUGCGACCUUUCACCCCGGCCUUGUCCCCCGCCAUGCUGUCCCCCGCGGUCCGGUCCAUGCUGGAGCAGCAGAGAGCAGCCAGAGCGUCGGGGCAGUAACGCCACUUUUUAUAUGACGGGUUCCCCCAAACCAGCAGGGGGCGACGUUUCUGCUGUGGCAGCCUACRCAGCGAAAAGGACUUUUUCUAUUUUAAUUUAACUUAUUGAUUGAGUGGUUGAGCUCCUGGUGUUGCUCCCACCUUCAGCGCUGRUAAUCUAAAAUAUACUGACACCAUYGAGAAUUUUCAGAUUAAAGGGGACRUAUCAUGCAAAAUUCACUUUUUUAAUCAUUUAAUAUGUUUUGUUGUGAACUUGAAGUCUGUAGGAGGUAGAAAAG